GUUUUUGUUGUCUUCCGGGUGUCUCUAUUUCAUCUCGCGAUAGUGCCCCUCUUCCCGGUCGCCAUUGUAAUCUGGUUGAUGUUGGUUCAGGGCCUUAAGGGAUUCAGUAACCGGUAUAAAGUUCCGAGCCGAACCGGAAAGAUUUAACAACAGAGCAGAUCCGCCGCGGCACCGGGGGAAACCCACCCUCUUGUGCAUUGCCUGCGGGGGACAUUAAGUCAUGCCAGGCGGGAGGGAGUGAGCACGACGAAAAUGCAAGAAGGGUCGGAGGACUGUAGCCAUUGGCAGGCCCAUUGACUCCCACCCCCUGUAAGUGCUCCGGAAGAACCAGAGGUCCUGGAAUGGCGCAGGGCAGCCAACAGCUUGACAUCCAGGUCCUGCAUGACCUCAAACAUCGCUUCCCCGAGAUCCCUGAGGGAGUGGUGUCUCAGUGCAUGCUCCAGAAUAACAACAAUCUGGAAGCUUGUUGCCGAGCCCUUGCGCUGGAGAGCAGCAAGUAUCUGUAUGGGGAGUACCACAGUCCGGAGGACACCAGGAUGAACAGGAACCACAUGCUUCACAUCAACCUGGGCCUCCACUCCGCCACUGGGUACCAAGCAGGGGAUGGGGCCCAGACCAACGGGGGGCGGACGCUGGUGCACAGCUCGAGUGACGGGCACAUUGACCCACAGCGAGGAGGAGGGGCCAAGCAGCAGAUGGUGUGCCUGCUCCAAGAGCCCCAUUCAGCCCCUGCCACUGUGGCCCCUUCGCCUGUCUACAAUCCGUUCUUCAUGAAUGAGCAGGGUUGCACAGCCAACACGCCUCCCCCCACCUCUCUCCCCCCUGGGUUGAGUGCUUCUGCCAUGCAGGGUCUCUCUCCCACCUACACUCCUAUUCCCCGUUACACCAUGAACCCCAUCACUGUCACUCUGUCCCAGAACAUCCCUGCUGCCCCGCGCGCCCUGCACCUCCCCUCCCAGAUCCAGAACUGCCCUUAUGCCACGGCCGGAAACGCAGUCUUCAUCCGGUCUGCUUCCUCCCAGAGCCCCUCAGGCAGGCAGACCCCCCAGAGUUCACCCUGGCAUUCCCCCACCGCACAGUGUCACAUGCAACCUUACAAUCAGCAGCCUCACGCCAUCCCUGUCUACCAAACCCAGCCCUCGCCCUACCAACCUACUCCGUAUUCCUCCAAGCAGUCUCAGAUGCCUCAGUCAGCCUUCCACUCCCCACCACCUUCCCAGUUUCCCUCUCCCUACAGCUCUCCUCAGCACCAGAUCCAGCCCAGCCAGCCUUGCCACCAGACCUCCCACGUCUUCAUGCCAAUCAGCCCCCCGACUAUGAUGUCUCUACCAUACCAGCAGCAGCAGCAUGGCUACCAGCAGCAAGGAGGCCAGCCUGUCUCCUUUGUCCCUUAUCUAUCACCGGUGAUGUCCAAGAGUUCCAUCAAAAACCAGAUAGAAAUCACCCUGGAGUCUCCCCAAAGGUCCCUCAACCGCAGCUCCUCUCCUGUCACCAGCCAACAACAACAACAACAUCACCACCAGCAGCAGCAGCAGCAGCAGCAGCGAGGCCAGAACACCUUGUAUAUCGCACCCAGCUCCCCUUCCAGAGGGAUGUCCGGAGGCCAGAUGAGCAUGAGCGGCGCUGCUCAGGUGGCGGCUUAUCACCCAGGCAUGUACAUCCACCAGGGGCACUCCCGGCCGGCCCCUUCACCCCAGCAAGGAGGUGGAGGAGGAGCAGGGGGAGGACAGGCAGCUGUGGCCGCCGGCAGGUCUCGGGUGAGGGUCACGCAGCCAAGCAACUCCACCUACACCUUCAAGAUCAAAGUGUCUCCUGGCAGGCCAGUACAGCGGCAGGUGGAGUCGCCCACUGUAGAGACUGAGAGCAUCCUGAACCUGGUGGAGCAGGGAGAGCACCCCGGCGCUCCCGAACCCAUUCAGCCCAUCUCUGCCCUGCCCGGUACCAUCGGAGACAAGGGCAGCAAUAAAUAUCGCAGGAAGUUUAGUUCGGGCUCUGACGACUAUGCUUACACUCAAGCCCUGCUCCUGCACCAGCGAGCCCGCAUGGAGAGGCUGGUAAAGGAGCUUCACCUGGAGAACCAGAUACUGGAGAAGCUCAAGACUGAUGUUAACAGCAUGGAGUACGACCUCAUGCAGAGACGCUUCCACAGAGUCAACACCACCUCACUGAUUCCAGUGCCAGAAGACAUGACCAGACUAAGGAGCCAGAACAGACAGCUUCAAAUCAAUAUUGACUGUACACUGAAAGAAAUUGACCUCCUUAAAUCUAGAGGGAAGUUUGAUCCAAAAGCCAUGAACAACUUCUAUGACCACAUUCAGCCUGGUCCAGUAGUUCCUCCAAAGCCAAGUAAAAAAGAGCCCAGGACAAGCUCAAAGCCCAGACGUCAACCGAGAGAUGAGGACUUUGAAGGGGACAACUGGAAUUGUGAAAGCUGCACCUUCUUGAACCACCCAGCCCUGAUCCGCUGUGAGCAGUGUGAGAUGCCGAGGUACACCUGAACCCAAAGCAUGGCGGGGUGAAGGGGAGGGGGGCUGCCUCGGAAACCUCACAGGGGAGUGACUGAGGGCUGACCUGUACAACUGCUACCAUUUCUUGGUGCAGGGGCAAAAGCGAAGCUCUUUUGAAUCACCAUCAUCAAAACUAUGGUAAUCCGUCCUGAUCAGACGUAUCAGAAAGAUAUCAGAUGCACGUUUUCCCCUUCCCCAAGGUAAAGGAAGCUGCUACCUUUCCAUAGCAGAAGGAUCUUGCUGAAUAUUGGGAUUCUGCUCCAUGACCCUUUCCUCCAAUGAAAGUCAUCCACUGUGUCCGUUCUGUGGCCUGCAUUGGGAGAGGGAGAACCCUCGGUAGGUUUCAGAAACUCUAAGGUGUUGACUCCGGAUUGUGUGACACUUGACACUGCACCGUUUGGUCAAACUCUGGCACAGCCUGCAAAGAGCAACUUAAGGACUUAAGAUAUUCGUAAUUGCUGCUUUCUUCAGGGUAAUUGCAAUCUGUAUGAUUUAAAUUAUAAAGUAAAGCUGUUUCUCAUGUUGAUGAAAGUGUAAAGGUAUACCUUGCCUUGUGUACAGAGUGUACAAUCAGAGUUUCUUUAACAAUCCCUAGUGCUUGUACUACAUCAUGUCGGCCACCGUACCAAUAACACUGGUGAAUAUGUUGCAUCAUAACAGAUCUGAACUUUGCAUUAUGCUCUUCUGAUAAAAAUAAUAGUGUGCAUUUUACAACAAGGUUUCCUUUUUCUGUUUUUUUUUUUACUUUUUAAACUGUGUUUCAGCAAACUUAUGCCAAAUUCCAACGAUCCCAAAUCCCGCUCGGGUCUAUGAGCUCAGCAAUGGUGUUGAUGACGUGUGGUAAACGUUUGCUUCCUCUUCCUGUUAGGCUAGCUUUCAAGCUUCCAUUUUGUGAAGAAAAACUGUAAUGUUUACAACAGCUUAGAAGGUUCGUUGUGCACCCAAACCUAAUAUAGCUGACAAUUGUUGUUAUGCAAAUAGCUGAUUUAUAAUAUGGGUUUAUUUGCACAUAAAUAAUAAACCGAUAAAACGCUGAAGGCAAAUGUUAAAUUACAUUUUAAAAAUAUAUAUUGCACACUGCGUGUUCCAAUAAUAACAAUAAUAUUGUAAGAAAAAUGAAGAUUACAAAAGGACUUGCAAAAAUAUGAUUACUGGUACUUUCAUGCAUAGUAUGCUAUUCUGUAUUCUAAGGGUAAUGUCUUGUUUCGGAUGCUUCAGGUUGCUGUAAUAUUAAAGCACUCGUUCUUUGUGAAAUAACUGUUGGGUCUGGGAUGCAGAGUGAGUAUAAAGUAUGAAUAAUAUGUGCAUGUGUGUGAGAGAGUAUAUAAGGACGUUUUGUGUUCUUGUUAUGAUGGUGUACCUGCCUUUGUAGAAUUCAGAAGCACUUGUAUCUUUCAUUUUUGUUUCGGCCUUGUGGUAAACUACAUAACCUCAGUUUGUAUGUUUAUACCACAGCUGUGCGUAAAAAAAAAUAAUAAUAAUAAUAAUAAUCAAUUAUCUUUUGGUACCUGGUUUUUAACGCUUCCUUCCCACUUGACUAGAUACUGCAUAUCCAUUCAAUGUCUUUAUAUUUAUUGCAUAAAUAUUGUAAUUGUGGUUUAUAAGGACAUGUGGGAAUAAAAUGGACAUUUCCCCCCAA